GCCUCUUCCAACCGUCCGAGUCCUUUCACCAAGGAUCUUGAAUUGUGUGUAAGUCUCUCAGUGGCCCCAGGACGUUCUGAUAGUCUGUAAAUAUGGCUCUCGAUCUAUCUGUAUACUUGGUCACCGACUCGACCCCUGCCAUUCUCAAGGGUCGGGAUCUCUGUACUGUCGUCGAAGAGGCCCUCAAAGGAGGCGUGACUAUUGUGCAGUACCGCGAGAAGAAGGCCGACACGGGAGCUCAAAUCGAGACAGCCAGGAAGCUGCACCAGAUCACCAAGGCCUAUGGAGUGCCAUUGCUGAUCAACGACCGUGUUGAUGUUGCUCUGGCCGUGGGAGCGGAGGGUGUCCACCUUGGCCAAGAUGACAUGGCGAUUGAGGUAGCGAAAAAGCUUCUCCCAGAGAAUGCCAUCAUCGGUAUCAGCGCGGGGUCUGUUGAGGAGGCCCAGAAGGCGAUUGCGGCGGGCGCCGACUAUCUCGGCAUUGGCACCAUGUUCGCCACGCAAACGAAAACGAACACAAAAUUAAUCCUUGGUACAGCCGGUACCCAAGCCAUUCUGGAAGCCAUCUCCGAGACGGGCCGGACGGUGGGAACCGUCUCCAUCGGUGGAAUCAAGCAGUCGAAUGUGCAACGCGUCUUGUACCAGUCCCGUGCGCCGAACAAGGGGUUGGAUGGCGUUGCCAUCGUCAGUGGUAUCAUGGCUGCUGAUGAUCCCAAGGCUGCCGCGGCCGAGUUCGUCAAGCUCGUUGCCAGCCCCCCUGCAUUCGUACACAGUGAGCCGUCGGCUUCGGCGCGGGACACCACCGCACUCCUCAAGCAGGUUCCCCAGGCGAUUCAAGAUAUGGUAAAGGCUCAUCCGCUGGUACACAAUAUGAUCAACUAUGUCGUGGCCAACUUUGUUGCCAACGUCGCUCUUUCCAUGGGCGCUUCCCCAAUCAUGUCUCCAUACGGCGACGAAGCCGUCGACCUCCGUCAAUUCGGCGGUGCGCUGGUGAUCAACAUGGGCACUCUCACCAGCGAGAGCAUCCCCAAUUACCUCAAGGCUCUGCAAGCAUACAACGAGCGCGGAAACCCGGUGGUAUACGAUCCAGUCGGCGCGGCUGCGACCGGCAUCCGUCGGGGCGCAGUCAAGCAGCUCAUGGCGGGGGGAUACUUCAACCUCAUCAAGGGCAACGAGGGUGAAAUUCGACAGGUAUUCGGGAGCAGUGGCGUGACACAGAGGGGUGUCGACAGCGGCCCCAGCAGCCUUGACGACCAAGGAAAGGCUCGGUUGGCUCUUGAGCUUGCUAAGCGAGAGCGGAACCUCGUUCUCCUGACCGGUGCGGUUGAUUACCUGAGCGACGGCGAGCGCGUCAUUGCCGUGGAAAACGGCCACGAACUUCUCGGCCAGGUCACGGGAACCGGCUGUGCUGUUGGUACGGUUGCUGGAUGCUUUCUGGCCGCCAAUCCGAAAGACAAGCUUCUUGCCGUGCUGGCGGGUCUUCUGAUGUACGAGAUCGCUGCCGAGAACGCGGCGGCGAGGGAGGAUGUGCGGGGGCCGGGAAGCUUUGUUCCUGCUUUCCUGGAUGAGCUGUAUGCCAUCCGGCAGGCCGCGUCGAAGGGGGACGACAGUUGGUUUAGUGAGCGGGCGAAGGUGCGAGAGAUUUCUCUGUAGAUAGAGUGGUACCCAGUUGUUAUGAUGUGUGUAGUUAUAGUACAGUAUGUUCCGGCAGUUUGAUAUGUCUGCCCGAUAAACAAGGCAGCCAAUACCUCGGCC